CAGUUCCUACUUCUGCGAUCCAGGUCCGGGUCAUUGCUUCCCCGCCGCUGGCCCAGUCCCUCCAGGCCGCUCUCCCUCCCUGGCCAGGGCUUAGGCAGCCAAGUGGGGUCCUGAGGGGCGUCGCCGGCGGGCUUCCCCGGGCAGCCGCCUCCCUCCAGCCCAUGCCCCAGGAGCCCUCGGCCGGCUCGUCUCGGGUGCACUCAGUGGGGCGCGCCUCUGGCACCCCACGGUCAGCGCCGCGGUUCUCCGCCCGCCGAACGGCAAGGCUCUAGAGCAAGAACUUGAGGGCAAGAAUCUGACUUUCCUUUUUCAAAAAGCAUUCAAAAAACCUCCCUCUCCUGGAGAGGUUGCCGGCGCCGCACGGAGUUUGGAGACGGGCGCCCCCUCCUCGCCCGCGUCCAGGAGCAAAGUUGCAGCCGCCCCUCCCCGCCCGGGCCAGCCGAUCCCAGCUCUCCAGUUUCGCCCUGGUGGCAGACGGGUCCCAGCUCCCGCUGGCUGGGAAAGAUCGCUUCCCGCAGCCUUGGCACAGGCUCGCCCGCCCGUUCGCCGGCCCCGUGACUGAGUCGGAAGCGCGAGCCGCGUCCAGGAGGCGGCAGCGGCGGCCGCACGGUUGGAGGGAGCGAGCAGCCGGAGGACAGGCGGGCAGCGGCGAGCCAGGUAUUUGAUCCUGAUGACCUUUAUUCAGGGGCCAAUUUCUCCAAGGUUUUGAGCACUCUUUUAGCUGUCAACAAAGCAACAGAAGAUCAGCUGUCAGAAAGACCAUGUGGACUGUCUUCUUCUCUUAGCACUGCUACUGGUUCCCAGACAACCCCACAGGGAGCUGUUUCUAGCACAACUCCAGGACUGCAAAGGCAGUCAAAGACCGUGGAAAUGACAGAAAAUGGAAGUCACCAGUUGAUAGUAAAGGCAAGAUUCAACUUUAAGCAGACUAAUGAAGAUGAAUUGUCAGUCUGUAAAGGCGACAUCAUUUAUGUCACUCGGGUUGAAGAAGGAGGCUGGUGGGAAGGCACAUUGAAUGGGAGAACAGGCUGGUUCCCUAGUAAUUAUGUCCGAGAAAUUAAAUCCAGUGAGAGGCCUCUGUCUCCCAAAGCUGUCAAAGGAUUUGACACUGCUCCGCUUACCAAGAAUUAUUACACUGUGGUGUUACAGAACAUCCUGGACACAGAAAAAGAAUACGCGAAAGAACUUCAGUCUCUUCUCGUUACUUACUUAAGACCCUUGCAGUCCAACAACAAUCUGAGCACUGUGGAGUUCUCAUGCUUGCUGGGAAAUUUUGAAGAAGUAUGUACAUUUCAACAGACACUCUGCCAAGCCUUGGAAGAUUGUUCAAAGUUUCCAGAAAACCAGCACAAAGUAGGAGGCUGUCUACUGAACCUCAUGCCUCAUUUUAAGUCUACGUAUCUGGCAUACUGUGCAAAUCAUCCUUCAGCUGUAAAUGUGCUCACUCAGCACAGUGAUGAUCUAGAGAGAUUCAUGGAAAAUCAAGGUGCAUCCAGCCCAGGUAUCCUCAUUUUAACAACAAGCCUCAGCAAACCGUUCAUGAGACUGGAAAAGUAUGUUACUCUCUUGCAAGAGUUGGAACGGCACAUGGAGGACACUCAUCCAGACCAUCAGGACAUUCUAAAAGCAAUUAUAGCAUUCAAAACACUCAUGGGGCAGUGCCAAGAUCUGAGAAAGAGAAAGCAGCUGGAGCUACAGAUACUGUCUGAACCUAUUCAGGCAUGGGAAGGGGAAGAUAUUAAAACCUUGGGAAAUGUGAUCUUUAUGUCGCAAGUAAUGGUGCAGUAUGGAACCUGUGAGGAAAAAGAGGAACGGUAUCUAAUGCUGUUUUCAAGUGUCUUGAUAAUGUUAUCUGCAAGUCCUCGGAUGAGUGGCUUUAUCUAUCAGGGAAAAAUACCAACAGCAGGAAUGGUGGUGACUAGAUUAGAUGAAAUUGAAGGGAAUGACGGCACAUUUGAAAUCACAGGUAACAUGGUAGACAGAAUUGUGGUCCACUGCAACAACAACCAGGAAUUUCAGGAAUGGUUGGAACAGCUGAGCAGACUGACCAGAGGACCAACCUCUUGCAGUUCAUUAUCCAAAACAUCAUCGUCAUGCAGUGCUCAUUCUUCUUUUAGCUCUACCGGACAGCCCCGAGGACCCUUGGAGCCUCCUCACAUUAUAAAACCGUGGAGCUUAAGUUGCCUACGACCUGCACCUCCACUUAGACCAUCAGCAGCCCUAGGUUAUAAAGAGAGGAUGUCUUAUAUCUUAAAGGAGUCAAGUAAAAGCCCCAAAACAAUGAAAAAAUUCCUUCACAAAAGAAAGACUGAGAGAAAAGCAUCUGAGGAGGAAUAUGUGAUUAGGAAAAGUACGGCUGCUCUGGAGGAAGAUGCUCAGAUCCUUAAGGUAAUCGAGGCCUACUGCACCAGCGCCAAUUUGCAGCAAGGUGCCCGCAAAGAUUCUGUCCCACAAGUCUUCCUCCCGGAGGAAGAGAAACUCAUCAUUGAAGAAACCAGAAGCAAUGGGCAGACUGUCAUGGAGGAGAAGAGCCUUGUUGACACUGUUUAUGCCUUGAAGGAUGAGGUCAAAGAGCUGAAGCAGGAAAAUAAGAGAAUGAAGCAAUGCCUGGAAGAAGAAUUGAAGUCAAGAAGGGACCUGGAAAAACUGGUCUGGAAGCUUUUGAAGCAAACAGAUGAGUGCAUUCGAGCUGAACCUGGUAGCAAGACCGCGAUUCUUCCAUAACCACCACUGUGCAGCUGGACAGUGUGUCUUCAGCACUUCUGGAAAGGAUCAGCUGAAUAACUGGACUCUUAUGCAUUUCUUUGGCUUUUGUUUUGUGUUGGAGUGCCAUGUCCUUUUCUUUCUCACUUUCUGUGCGUGUGUGUUUGUGAGUGUUCACCUGUGUGUUCAUUGUUUGGUUAUUGGUUGGUUGAUCACUUGUUUCAACAGGAGCAACAGCAGGAGGUGAUGGUAGAAAUGACUCCAGAGUCUUCUCCAUUUCAUCAGAGCAGGAAAGCCAAUGCAGACAGAUGGACUCCAUGGUCUGCACACGGCCUUCAUCUCACAGGGCUUCUGCGGUAGCUGUUGCCUGGGGUCACACAUGUUGGGCAGGCUAUUGUCACAAAGCAGCUGGCCAUGGUAUAUCAAAUGUGAACCUAGUGCUCCCCAACACUAUGCCCAGGAUCCCUUCUGUAUCUAAUUGGAUGGAGGCAAAGCUUCCCGAGCUAUGUCUAGAGUAGGUGAGGACUAUCUAUCACAUUUGCCCAAUGAUUCAGCUGCAUUUACCACCUGAACAACUGUCACAUGGCACCCUUCACUCCUGUUUUUAAAGGAUCAUUGCCAUCUGUUUUCUGCUAAGACCAAGAACAGUGCAGUGCCCUUACUCCCUUUGUGCUGAUGUACAUUGAGUGAGGCAGGUGCUCUGGCCGUCCAUGCCAGCACCGAAUCCAUCAGCAAAUUGUACAGGGCAAUCCUCCCGGCGGCAGCAGAGGGGAGCAGCUCUUUCCUGUGCAUGGUAGCUUUCAACUCCCUCCCCUCCACAUCCUGCCUCCUGCCUCUGAGUGGAUUUGCUACCUCCCCAGUGCUUUUAGCCAGCCAUGCCAAGUGGUGUGCAAACUAGUGUGGAUGUGCUUUGUUCACCUUUUAAACAAUGUAGCUAGACUGAGAACAGUGACUUUACUGUGACUAUUCAAACUGUGCCCUUUAAUCCUUCAAAACAAUGUGUGUUGAGAAGAUACUGCACCCUAGUAGACUCCUUGUAUUCACUUUAUAGCUCUCCUGUUUCCGCUAUGAAAAGUUAUAAACUUUGGCCUCUCGUGAGUAGGCCUCUAAUCAUUAUGUACAGAAACGUGCUGUGGUCCAGUUUGUAGAUCCAAAAGAAAAGGGCCUUUCCAGUGGCUGUGCCUGUUUAGUCAAGUUGCUUAUUAUGUGAACCCGUCAACCUUGUAUGUAGUCCAGAAAUCUGAAGUGAGAAAACAGGUUGAGAGGAGUCAUAGAACAGUACUUCUGUUGUGGUCAGUCAAGGCUUCUGGACAGAUCAGUGUAGUCCAUUCCCACUGCUCCUAGAGUUAGGGCAGCAUUUGGCCACAUGGAGAUGGUCACAAGAAAGAGAAUUAGAAAGCCCUUCAGGCAAUAAAUGCUGUCUUACAACUAUGUCUGAGGGGUGCCUCUAAAUGUUGUUUUGAAACCAAAUUUGAAGCUUGAAACACCUGGCUUGGUGAGGAACCUUCCCUGUUUUUGUUUCUGGUACUAAGGGGCUCAUGGUUCCAAAGCUCUCAUGGUACAGGGCUGUUUUCUCCUGCCACCCCACAGACUGUACAGCAUCCACAAGAAAUGGAGUAUUUCCCAAGUCAGCCUCAGUCAGUCACACACAGCCACCUUUGGAAGCUGAAGAGUGAUUUCUAAGAAUGGCUGUUCUUAUGCACAGAAAUUUAGAUAAGACAUCUUUCACCUGAAACUUUAAACAAGAAACAACAAAAACAACCCAGAUCUUCACUUGUGUUCUGUGUGUGGAUAGUCAAUAGCUUGCAGUAAGUGUGCAAACUGUCCAUAGGAAACAAUUUCUGUGGUUACCAAAUAGUUUAGUUGGUUGCUUAGGACAUGGGAAGGCCUUUAUUUUUUAAAGGAAUGUGUAUGUAUGCAUGUCUUGGGGAUUUGGCCCUUCUGAGGAGAGGCCCAUGGUACUCUGGGUAAUGAAGCUUGUGCAGAGUGCUGCCUGCGCUUACAUACUAAAUGAUAUUAUAAAGGAAAAGAAGCCAUGUUAACCUGACAGCAGUGUCUCCAUAGUUGUGUUGUUUACAAUACUUAAAUGGGUUCCUGUUACUCUGUAGUUAAAGUGCUUCCCUUAGAGGGAUUUCAGUUUCUUCUCUGUCAUGUCCCUUCUUACACAAACUCAAAUUUUCUAACUUGUUUUUAUGUUAAAGACUUUUAAAAUUGACAUUUUCAAUAAACAAAAUAAA